AUGCGCAACUGGGAUAUAAAACAGUUGGAUGUAGAGAACGCCUUUCUUCAUGGAGACUUGGAAGAGGAUGUAUAUAUGCAGCAACCUCAGGGGUAUGUAGAUGAGCUGCAUCCAACCCAUGGAUCCACAUUGUACGUUUUAGUGUUCGUAGAUGACAUAAUAGUGACCGGUUCACAUCCAGUUGAGAUCUCUGGAUUGAUUGAAGAUCUUAGUGUUGUGUUUGCACUAAAAGAUUUAGGAGAUCUUUCUUUCUUUUUGGGGAUCGAACUGCUUAGAAAGUGGAAAGAACUAAUUCUUACACAGCGUAAGUAUGUUACAGACCUUCUGCGCAAAACAAAGCUAGAUGGGGUAAAGCCAGUAAACACACCUCUGGCAGUAAAUGUGAAAAUUCAGAAGCAAGGUACCAAAAGGUUUCAUGAUUCGACAUUGUAUCGCAGUGUAGUGGGUGCACUGCAAUAUCUGCACUUAGCGCGACCUGAUAUCUCUGUGGCAGUUAACAAGGUCUGUCAAUACAUGCAUGACCCAUAUGAAGAGAAUUGGGAACUAGUCAAAAGAAUUAUUCGUUAUCUUAAGAAUACAGUAAACUAUGGUCUGCAUAUUCGUUCUUCCUCAGACUUCUCUUUGCAAGCCUACUCCGAUGCAGACUGGGCUGGAAGUUUGGAUGACAGACGCUCAACGAGUGUCUACUGUAUAUAUUUCGGAGGCAACUUGAUCUCAUGGAGUGCACGCAAGCAGAAAACGGUAUCAAAGUCCAGUACAGAAGCAGAAUACCGUGGCAUUGCAAUAGCCACUUCAGAGAUAAAGUGGAUCCAAUCCUUGCUGCAAGAGCUUGGUGUCCAAAUCUCACCACCAAUACUCUGGUGA